AAAAGCAACGUGUUCCUGAGGACUAUCAACUUGUGUUUUCUACGAGUAAUACCGUCAUUUCUAUGAUAAGAUCUCUCACAUGCAACUAAAUAUAAUGUGAAAUCUUGAACAAGUUAAAUUAGAACAGAAUAAGCUAGAAUUGGCUCUUGCCUUCUGCAAGGUUGAUUUGCUUGAUCCUUCCAGUUCCUCCAUUGCCUUGGAGAAUUUCAAUGCUUUUGAAAGCUUGUGGCAAGAGCUUGGGAAACAGGUAGUGAGAGUCAAGAACCGAGGCCUUGAACAGCCUUGCUGGAGGGAUAGAGUAAGUGUAUUCCUCGGAGAAAGUAAUGACACCCAUUCUGUUUUUUUCUAAAGAAUGUAAAAACCCUGAUUCAGUAUAAAGCGAUCACCUGUUUGUUUGCUUUGGUGGAACUCAAGGACACAGUAGUAUAGUAUUUAUAGGGCAAAGCUAAAGGAUUUUGUUCUUUCAAAUUGCAUGCAGUUUCUUUGUACGUACCAUACUCUGCACGGUGUCUUUUGUAUAUAGGACUAUUAAGAAGUGGCACAUUGCCCAUUACUCCAAACAUUUUAGUUUUAGCAGAUUUACAGGCUAAAUCAUACCAAAUGCGCACAGAAAUGUUGAUAUUUUACUUGUUAUUUUCACAAUUUUGCAUAAACCAGCUAGUUUAAUCAAAGAUUAGUUGUAGCCUAUACAAUUGUUCUCUACACAAUUUUGCCCAUUGAAGAAUGAAGAUGCUGCCAUUUGGCAAGAUUAGCACAGUCGCCAACUGACCGUCUAGCAUAGUUUCUAAAUCCUGUCUGUUGUGGUUACAAUAUGAAGCAAUAAGCCCAAACACAAUAAGAAACCAACAAGAAGACACUCAUAUGGUUCAUAUCGGGGGAUUUUGAGAGAGUAUGAAAAUCUGAUAACUUGAUAUCAUACUUGGACUGACUUAUGUUCAUUCAGAAGAGGACAAUUAUAGGAAUACACAUUGGCCAUGAAGAACUCUUUUUGUGACUAUCUAUAAAUAGAUGCAUUUGAUCCACAACAUCAUCAGCUCGAAACCACCUUCUUACAUUUGCCCAAGUAGCAGAACUAGUAAAGCUAAGUAAUCUGAUAGAUCAUGGCUGCAACCACUUUCAGUCAUGAAUACACUUACACCAUUCCACCUGCAAGGCUAUUCAAGGCCUCAGUUCUUGACUCUCACAACUUGUUCCCCAAGCUCUUGCCCCAAGCUUUCAAGAGCAUUGAAAUCCUCCGAGGCAAUGGAGGUGCUGGAAGCAUCAAGCAAAUCAACCUUGGCGAUGGUAAAACUCUGAGUUUCUUGAAAUAUCACAUUGAUGAGCUCAAUGAAGAGACGUAUACAUAUAACUACACUCUGAUUGAAGGAGAUGCUUUGUCUGACAAGCUUGAGAAAAUAACUUACGAGGUUAAGUUUGAGCCAACAGCGAAUGGUGGUACCAUCUCCAAGAUGACUAGCAAGUACUAUCCCAAAGGAGAUUACGUGGUCAACGAAGAAGAGGUCAUGGCUGGAAAAGAGAAGGCUUCUGGCAUGUACAAGGCUGUGGAAGCCUUCCUCCUCCAAAAUCCAGAAGCCUAUGCAUAAUAUUCUCGAUCAAAACUUCAAAUUUCUAGCUUUUUUGCUUCUUGGUUUGCCGUGAACAAUAAUUUUAUGUAUUCGAUUGUCAUGCGUAUGUUUAUGUUUUCAAUGUACUAAUAAAAUCAUUUGAUU